GGCCCCCGCCGCUCCGCCCUCGCCUCCCCGCCACCCGCCGCCCGGGUUGUCCAAGAUGGUGGGCGCUCGGCCGGGGCCGCUUGCCCUCCAGCUGCUCCUUCUCGUGGUGCUGCCGGCCGCCGCGCGGCUGACGACGGGCGCCCCUGAGCCGCUGCCGCUGUCGUCCCGAGCCCCGCAGGCUGGCAUCAGAAUUAACGUAACUACCGUGAAAGAUGAUGGGGAGACAUUGGAAAUGCAGGUUGUUCUUAACAUAACCUAUGAGAGUGGACAGGUAUAUAUAAAUGACUUCCCUGUAAAUAGUGGUGUAACCCGCAUAAGCUAUCGGACUUUGAUUGUGAAGAAUGAAAAUCUGGAAAAUUUGGAGGAAAAAGAAUAUUUUGGAAUUGUCAGUGUAAGGAUUUUAGUUCAUGAGUGGCCUAUGACAUCUGGUUCCAGUUUGCAACUAAUUGUCAUUCAAGAAGAGGUAGUGGAGAUUGAUGGAAAACAAACUCAACAAAAGGAUGUCACUGAAAUUGAUAUUUUAGUUAAGAACCAGGCAGUACUCAGACAUUCAAACUACACCCUUCCUUUGGAAGAAAGCAUGCUGUACUCUAUUUCCCGAGACAAUGACAUUUUAUUUACUCUUCCCAACCUCUCCAAAAAAGAAAGUGUUAGUUCAUUGCAGACCACUAGCCAGUAUCUUAUCAGGAAUGUGGACACCACUGUAGAUGAAGAUGCUUUACCUGGCAAAUUACCUGAAACUCCUCUCAGAGCAGAGCCUCCAUCUUCAUAUAAGGUGAUGUGUCAGUGGAUGGAAAAGUUUAGAAAAGAUCUCUGCAGGUUCUGGAGCAGUGUUUUCCCAGUAUUCUUUAUGUUUUUGAACGUCAUGGUGGUUGGAAUUACCGGAGCAGCUGUGAUAAUAACCAUUUUAAAGGUGCUUUUUCCAGUUUCUGAAUACAAAGGAAUUCUUCAGUUGGAUAAAGUGAAUGUUAUACCUGUGACAGCCAUCAACUUGUAUCCAAAUGAUUUUGAGAAAACAUCUAAAAACCUUGAAGAUAAGACAUGUACUUAAAAAAAAACACCAUCUCAAAUCAUGGAAUUUGCCACUUGAAUAUAAUUUUUUUUAAAUAAGUAAGAAUCAGUUUAUACACUAGAGAAAUUGCUAAAC